CCCACAAGCCAUAGCCGCGACAAACUCGUUGAACUGCUAUAACACUUCUCCUUCGCCGUCGUGUAAUGGACUCUGUGUUGGCUUCGACUUUGUCUCCUUCCUCUUCAGCUGCCUCACUCUUCUCUUUCCUCACCAAACACAAUUCAUUUUUCAGGCCUCAAUUUCUCUCUCUGUCUUCCAUUAACAAGCAAACCACACAACAACUGGUCUCGCGCGCAGUCCAAAUGAACAAAGAGGCUAAGCUAUGGGGAGGGAGGUUCGAAGAGAGUGUGACCGAUGCAGUGGAGAAGUUCACCGAAUCGAUCUCUUUCGAUAAGGCCCUUUACAAGCAUGAUAUCAUGGGGAGCCGUGCUCAUGCCUCAAUGCUCGCUCGCCAGGGAUUGAUGAGUGACAGCGAUAGGGAUAGUAUUCUGGAAGGUCUUGAUGAGAUAGAAAGACAAAUUGAAGCCGGUAAGUUUAUAUGGAGGACUGACAGAGAGGAUGUGCACAUGAACAUCGAAGCAGCUCUAACUGAUAUGGUUGGUGAACCUGCAAAAAAGCUACAUACGGCAAGAAGUCGAAAUGAUCAAGUUUGUACUGAUUUUCGUCUCUGGUGUCGCGAUGCUAUUGAUACAAUUGUUGGGCGUAUUAGGCAUCUUCAGGUCGCACUGGUGACCUUGGCUCAGAAGAAUGAUGGGGUGAUUGUUCCUGGUUAUACACAUCUACAAAGGGCGCAACCUGUUCUACUCCAACAUCUUCUCUUGGCAUAUGUUGAGCAGCUUGAACGUGAUGCUGGACGGUUACUAGAUUGCAGAGUCAGGAUGAAUUUCUGCCCCCUAGGUGCAUGUGCGUUGGCUGGCACUGGUCUUCCCAUUGAUAGGUUUAUGACAUCUAAUGCUUUGGGGUUCACUGCUCCCAUGAGCAACAGUAUCAUGCCUCAGAAGAAAAAUCCAGAUCCAAUGGAACUUGUUCGUGGAAAAUCUGCUAGAGUAGUAGGUGACUUGGUUUCACUUCUUGUAUUGUGCAAGGGACUUCCUCAAGCUUACAACCGUGAUUUGCAGGAAGACAAGGAACCUGUAUUUGACAGUGUAAAAGCAAUCAUAGGAAUGCUAGAAGUCUCAGCAGAGUUUGCACAGAACAUUACCGUUAAUCAGGAGAAAAUACACAAAGCUCUACCUGCUGGUCAUCUUGAUGCCACAACAUUGGCGGAUUAUCUUGUGAAGAAGGGAAUACCUUUCAGAACAUCUCAUGAUAUAGUUGGAAGGGCGGUUGCCAUGUGUGUUUCCAAAAACUGCCAGCUUCAGGAACUGAGCAUUGAUGAUUUGAGAAGUAUAAGUUUGGUGUUUGAAAAUGAUGUAUACGAGUUCCUUGGAGUAGAAAAUUCAAUCAAGAAAUUCAGCUCAUAUGGCUCCACGGGUUCACAAUGUGUUGCUAGUCAACUUAGCUGCUGGAUUACCAAGCUUGAUAUCAACAGAGACAGAAAAUAGCAAGGAAUCGUAAAAGGAGGUUCUUCGAGACAAAAUGCUUGCAAAGCUGAGCUAAUGUUUUUUGAAACUUAGAUAUGGCAUGUAUGGCAUUAAGGACUCAUCUUCAACCACACAAAGAAGAAUUUUUUGGUAGAGGCUCAACAUUCAUACCUUUCUGUUGAGACAAUUUGGUUGCAUGACUCUGCGUCUAGAUUCAUCCUGGGCUUGGAAUCUUUCCUUUUUCGUGCUUGCUAAAUUAGAAAUAAUUUCGUAACUUAUUGACAGAAUAAGUAAAUACCUGAAUGACUCUGUAUCUCAUCUUACCUUCCAAGAACUUAUAUCUCAUCUUCAAGGGAAUGUGUUGGUUCAUUUGUUUAGGUGGGAUUCAUAAAG